ACUAUCGAUAGACUAUCGAUUCUGUAAAACAUAUUUGGAAUUCGUUCGGGAUUAAUUCUCAUGUCAAAAAAUUUUUCAUGAUGUUUUCCUUACAAUUGAUGGCCUUCAGCAUCGAUAUUGGUUUGCCUUUGUUUAUCCGACGAUCUGAUUUCAACAAUGAAACCAUCAAUAGUGAUUUCCAAUUAAAUUCAUCUACAGUUUUCUAUGGUUUGAAUCAAUUUUCACGACUAAAUGAUUGCCUUUUGAAAUAUGCUGAGUCUAAAGGUAAUCGAAUUAAAAUCAAAUGGCAUUCAAAGGGCAAAGUAUUGCUGAUUAUUCUUUGUCAGGAAGAAUAUUUACUACGCGAAAAACAUCUUGACCGUUUUCUAGUCCUAAUUAUAAAUGCUAUUCAGAUGACAUGUGGACCUGAUGUAUUUUUUAUCGAAGAUUUUGACAAACAAAAACGUGAUCUCAAAUUUGCUCAUCAUCUAUUAGAUUGCUUAGUAAAUCUCUUUGUAUCAACCAAUGUUGAUAGAAUCAAUGUGAUAGCUCAUUCAGUUAAUUAUGAACCGAUUGAUCGAUCAAAAUCGAUCAAUUCAUUUUUGUCUUUUCUUAAUCGACUAGAAUCGAUACAAUAUUGGGCUCUAUUUGUUCAAGAAAAAUUAACAUUUGCUAGUAAAGAAUGGUGGUCAACACUAGUUUCCGAUCAUCAUACUUAUUCUUGUUUAAUCUGUUAUCUGAUUAACUCUUUUACCGAUACGGUAUUAGAAAAAGGAAUGGAAAAAAUUACCAUUUUUCUCCCCUAUGAAAAUAAUGUUAUUCCACAAAAUUUGACAAUCAUUCCAUUGGCAAAACAUCUACGUGUUUGUUUAAUUAGUUCCAAAAAUUCUAACCUUAAUUAUCUAACAUCAGAAAUUCCGGCCAUCAAUGACUCAACAGAACCAUCAUCUAUUCUCAAUUCAUCAUCGUUAUUGAAUGGCGAUAAUGAUAAAGCAAUUUCAGCAUUCAUCAUAUUCAACACUAAACAUCGAAUUCAUUCUAUAUAUAAUCCUACAAUAGUACAAAAUUAUCUAGAUGAAAUAAUUGUAUUUUGUAAUUGUGAUUUUAAUUCUGAAAAUGAACAAGAUUCUAUCAUUGCUAACGACCAUUUAAUUAUGUGCAAGAUCAGCAAUAAACAUUUUAUUCUUUGUACUUUAUUCACAUCAAUCAAUCAACAACAAUUAUCAUUG